AUGGCAAUCACCGCUGCCAAGCGAAGGCAGCUGAGUGAGGAGCUUAUUGAGCGAGCUGCAGCCGGUCGGCACCAGGAUGUUGCAAAGCUCCUGGAAGAAGGGGCAGAUACCGAGUUCGCAGACCGGAAUGGUUACACGGCGGUCUCCGAGGCUGCCAUGUCUGGCCAGACAGUGGUGCUGGGCCAGCUGCUGCGAGCCGGGGCGGACCCAAACAAGCCGGCAAAGGACGGCCGAACGCCGCUCCAUCGAGCGGCAUUCCAUGGCUGGAUGCCGGCUUUGAAGCUUUUGCUGGAGAACGGCGCCGAUCCUUCCUUGGCAGACAGCGAUGGGAAGACCCCCGUAGAGGUGUCGAAGAAAGUGGCAGUGCAAGAACUGUUUGCUAGCUUCAGCGACGAGCAAAUUCAGGAAGCCAUUCGUGCCCAGAAGGAGAAGAUGGCCCAACGUCCGCGCUAUGAUGACGAGACCUCAGCGAGCGAGCCAGCGCAGGCACCUGAGGUUGCCGAAGUCCCGAAGAAGACACGCACACCCAAGACAAUUUACUACAAGGACAAGGCACCGAACAACCAAGCCGACACAGGCAGCACUGACCAGAGUGCCACAGAAGAUCAGAAGCAGUUUCUCGAACUCCAUCCUACAUUGGACAUCGUUGCCCAGCCUGAUGGGUAUGCAGCUCGUUCUGGAAACGUCGGAGGCUACAAGGAUGAUGUUCGGGUGCAGGGCGGAAGCCUAAUUGUUGAAACCUCUGAGGGCCUCUUUGCAAGCGAGGAGGUCGGGCAGAAGGCUGAGAGCCCCGAGCAUCAGGCCGCUCUUUGGUUACAGAACGUGGGUGACGUCGACGUGCAGUUGGACAUGCAGGCCAUCCAGGCCGCGAAGGUGAAAGCACAGGAGCAUUUCAACCAAGGCAGCGUCAGCGACGCUCGGCGAGUCACUACGGCGGCAAUCCGUGCCGGCGAGCUCCUCCUCGCGAGGGACUCAACACUCGAGGAGAAGGCCAAUGAAGAUUUGCAAUCCUUGCUUGGCAUCCUGCGUUCCAACCGCAGCCUCUUGCUGACACACCAAAUUCAGGCAGGAGACGAGGAGGUCCUGCAGUUCGGCCCCGAUGCUGCUUGGAGCUUGGUGGUCAAGGACACGGAUGCGGCAUUGAUGGAUAAUCCCUCCAACUUCAAAGCUAGCUUUCGGCGAGCACGUGCUUUGUUUGAGCUGGGAGAGCUGGAUCAGGCGAUGGCUGAUGCCACACGUGUGGUGGACCAUUAUGCUCGCAAUACGCAGGUCUCCAAUCCGGAGGCAGUUGCACUGCGGCAGAGCAUCAUGGAUGCUUUGAAGAAGGAGCGUGCAAAGUGGGGCGACAAGGGAGGGCCACGCUGGAACCGGCUUGUGAACGACAGUGGGGCAUUGAUCUCGGAGGUGUCAUAG